CGCGACUAUCAGAACCGUCUUAUCGUCUCCGCGACAGAAUUCGCCAGAGUUAGGCUCAACGAGGGCCGAGGAGCAUUCAUGUUCGAAUUCCAACACAGCACAAAAUCUAUCUUGAGCUUGAACGAUUUCUCGCCGCCGCAGUUUCCAGAAUAUCAUCAAGAAAAAGUAUAUUUUUGAUAAAAGAAUAAAUCACCGUGACUUAGGACUAGGACAUAUAAAUAAAGAUGCUGACCGCGAAGAAAGACAUGACUUUUAGCAACCGUUAUAACAACCGAAACUUGGUGAUAAGCCGGCGAGAUUCGUUCAACGACUGCGUUUCCCAUUCGACCACACCAGUCAUAUUCUCUUUGAAGAAUGAAGUUGGCGGACUGGCUAGGGCACUGAAGGUGUUUAAGGAGAAUAACGUGAAUGUAGUACAUAUUGAAUCUCGAAAAGCUUUGCAUCGCGGAGAUUCGGAAUAUGAGAUUUACGUGGAUUGUGACAGUACUGACGGGCAUAUUCAUGAAUUGAUGGCGCUCUUGAAGAACCACGUUGACAUUAUCAAUAUGCCUGAUAUGGAUGGAGCCGAAUCGGUCGCCCCAGAAGUGAUCCUGAGUGAAAUCCCGUGGUUUCCGCAUACAAUUUCGGAUUUGGAUAAAUGUGCUAAUCGUGUACUGCAUCUUGGAGCUGAAUUGGAUGCUGAUUACCCGGGAUUCAAGCUGGAUCCCGAGUACCGACAAAGACGGAAGUAUUUCACAGAAUUGGGGUACGAAUACAGGCACGGUCAACCAAUGAAAAGAGUGGAAUAUAGCGAAAGUGAAACGAAAACAUGGGGCACUGUUUUCACGGAGUUGAGUCGACUGUAUCCAACCCAUGCUUGCAGGGAAUAUCUGGAGAACUUCAAAGUGUUGGUAGAGGAAGGCAUCUACAGGAAGGAUUCCAUACCCCAACUACAAGACGUGUCUGAGUUUCUUAAAGCUCGAACUGGUUUUCAACUACGACCUGUUGCCGGAUAUCUCUCACCACGUGACUUCUUGGCUGGCCUGGCAUUCCGUGUUUUCCAUUGUACGCAGUAUAUACGCCACAGCUCGGAUCCACUGUACACCAAAGAACCAGAUUGUUGCCAUGAGCUACUUGGUCACGUGCCGCUUCUAGCGGACAAGAGUUUUGCACAGUUUUCACAGGAGAUUGGCUUAGCUUCGCUGGGGGCAUCGGACGAGGAAGUUCAGAAACUGGCAACCUGUUAUUUCUUCACGGUGGAAUUCGGACUUUGCAAGCAAAAUGGAAAAAUAAGAGUGUACGGAGCUGGUCUGUUGUCUUCAAUUGGGGAGUUGAAGCACGCCCUCACCGACAAGGCUAUUAUAAAGUCGUUUAACCCAAUAGAAACGAUUAAAGAAGAGUGUAUGAUUACGACAUACCAGAACUGCUACUUCCUGUCCGACAGUUUUGAAGAAGCUAAGGAGAAGAUGAGAGAGUUUGCCUGUACGAUAAAGCGUCCGUUUGCAGUACGGUACAAUCCAUACACCCAUUCAGUGGAGGUGCUGAGCAACGUGAGACGAAUAGCAGACGUCGUUAACGAGUUGAAGGGCGACCUCAGCGUUUUAAGUAGCGCGUUGGAGAAGUUACAGUCUUAAUACCAGUUCCACUUCCGGUUAACCGGAUUUGUCAAAUAAAAAUAAUAAUAAUAGUAUUAUAAUAAUCAGAACACCUAACUUUCGAUUUAAAUAUUUAUUCUCAAUGCAAUUAUAAGCAAUAGUUUAACUGAAAAUCAAGAGGAACUGGAUGAGG